GUUAGCUUAAUCAAAGAGUCACAGUAAUGUAAGGAGGACACUGGUGGUUUCCAAUAUGACUGCAUUGGUAAAAAGACUGGUCCAAGCCCGUCCUGUGGGCAAAAACCGCCUGUCUACCAACAUCCCAUUUCUGGACAACAAUCCAGACAACAAUCCAGAUGUAUACUCAACUAGUUUCCUGGAGGACUUCCAGCCUUGUACUCACAAAAAGGUAGAACCAUUUAGCCAGCCCACCCAUGUCGAGGUGGACCACAAGGACUUGAGGUACUUCAAGGAUUACCUGACAGAGGCAAUGGUGUCUUACCAGCGUCACCCAUUGCCACAGAUUCACUGCACCCCACGCUGGAAUGCACUUCAAACCAACUUCAAGAUGCAAACAGACCCUGGGGAGGAUGAUUUCCUCACCACCCAGUCGCAGAAAUUCCCGCACCAUCCCUUCCAACCCCGUCGCACUCCCAUCCGACAACCAUUGGCCAGCAAGAAGAUCCAGCAAUUGGAAAAGCUCCAAGAAAGCACCACUAAAGCCUCCUUCACCUUACAGCGUGGCUCUCCUGUUGUAAAAGUCAAGGUUAAACAUUUAGAAGAGGGCUUUCCCACAAUCAAAGGAGACAAACGCCAGCACAGUUUUGUGUCCGAGUACGACAAGACCUUCCAGGGAGCCUGGAGCAGACCUGCUGAGUCUGUGGAUAAGCACACCUCCUCAGUGCCUAUGGGUGAUCCUGUGAAGAUUGUAGAAAGAAAGACAACCCACGCUGCGUCAUUCAGCCAGCCCACUGCCUGCAGACCGUGUGUGGUGAAAGACCGUUUAAAGCUCAACCUUGGACAUUUCUCUCAGGACUCAUGGUCCUCCACUUCCAAAGAAACUUUUUGUCACCACAAGCUGAGAGAUCCAGCUGUUCUGCUAAAGAGGAACCACAAUUUUAGUUACUUACCUAAGGGAGACACUGACAUGAGGCGCAACAAAGAGAGGUUGUCUGUCACCACCAACAGAGUUGAGUUCUCUGAUCUGAACCAAACUCAUCUAGUGUAUGGGCCCGGGCAUGACCUGAUAACCAAAAGCCAUGUGCACUUCAGCCCAGGCCAUCUGUCAAGAGAGUACUACACAACCACGGUCCAAGAACACUACAGCAAACAGGAUGGAGAGCGAGCCAGACCAGUCGUCCAGCAGUCAAGCAACAUACUGAGUGGACCAGAACAUGAUCUGAGCCACAGCACCACCAAGAGUGACUACGUCCCUGUGCAGAUCUGCAGACAGGCACCUUAUCAGUCCCAGCAGAGGAGCAACUUCAAGUUUCCACAAGCCCACCUGCUCUUAAGCACCACCCACAGUGAAGAGUUCAUCCCCCAACCUUUGACCUUAUGGCGUCCUGGCGCUUCCCUUUACACCAGUCAUUUUGCCAUACAGUGACUGAGAGACACAACUUGUUUUCUUUCUCUUGUGUUCUUGGCCAGCUCCUGAUAAACAAUACAGUCAAAUCAAAAGUCAAGAAUGGUUUUGCUGAUUUUUUUUUACCGAUAUGUUUGAAAUAUUCAGUAUAUUUCACAUAUUGACUCUUGGCUCUGGAUUGUUUUCCCUUUAUCUUAUAGUUGUAGAGUUCUUGUCAGUUAGUAAUAGUAGUGAACUCACAAUUGCACUUGGUACAUGUACAAUUGCUGUACAGACAAUAAAACACACAUGACAAAUAAUAUGAAGCUUAACACCGAAGGUCCGACUUACUACAAAGAUCACAUUGUGCUCAAAUGGAAGCUGUUCUAAAUUUCAAUUCAAAAUAAUGCAAUUCAAAAGAAAUCAUAGAACUGGUUACAUUUAGCUUCUUUGCAUGACUGGUUGGAAGCCCCCUAGACCCCCCCAAAUUACAGUGAAACUUUUCCUUGGUAAAAAGAAUGAGUUCAAGGAAUUUGAAAAUAAGUAACUAUCACUGGACUUAAGGUUCCCAAAUGAUUAAGUCAGCCUUAAAAGUAGUUUAAUGUUUCCUACAGUUCCUAGAAUUCUUUUCAACAACCACGGCCCUCAGUCUGCCAGCUCAUAACAACUUAGAACUCCUUUAUAUUUGCGUCAUCCCUCAGUGUUUUUCAAUUAACUGCAGAAGAAUGCUCAUAAUCUUACUAGGAUGAUUAAUAAAUGUCUAUCCAGAUCAGUACAGGGGCCAUUAGAGUGUGAAAUGUUGAAGCAGUGUGCAAAUGCAGCUUUAGCAGUUAGGUGGCUUAAACAUGAACCUUAGCCUCGCCUGUCAUAUUUAGGACAGGGAGGGCAGCAGCGUUGGGCUUUACUGUCCUACUUCCACCCUGUUUACACUGUCAACGCUAAAUGCUAAGAAGAAGGUUAGUGUCUGUUUCGCAGAAAGAUUCUCAUCCCCUCCUUCAAGCAUGAUUGACCAUAAAACUCUGUAAAAACAAUCUAUGUUGUAGCAAUAACACAGCCUUGACCCUGAGAUACAGGCUCGGCAGAUAAAAAAGUUGGCAAGUGAGCUGAUGUAAAUAAACUGAAUCUGGAGUUCACCAACCUGGCGGAAAAGGCAGCAGUCCAGGUAUAGCUGGAAUGUUAGCUGGCUCAACAAGCUCAGGUUCAGGUCCAAGGGAUACAUCUGCAAGAAUAUGGUUUAAUACCUGAUAGGUCUAUUGCACCAAGAGACAUUCUACAUACAUGUCAGCCAGAUAUUUUCAUAUAGGAUCAUAACUGUAUGAACCAGUCAUAAAGAUAUAGCCUCUUUUGCUUUUUUAUUAACUUUAUUACAUUUUUUCACAUUAUACAACAUUACAUAAACAUUUUAUAUGAAGUGACAUGAUUGUAUCAUGUGAUGGACUCUUCUCUC